AAUGAAAGCAAAAAUUACGCGUUCUGUGUCAUUUUUAUUGUUGUUUUUGAUCAUUUUGCACAAAUGCAAGGGUCGCGCAGGGGGAGAGGGGGCGCCAGUUGGACAGGCGUUGAUACAAUUAAGUCACGAUGAUGAUUUGGAUGAUAACUAUCCGGAAAUUAAGGACGAAGUACAUUUGGAGGAUUUCUUCUGGACGGGGUCAGGGGAUGGGCCGCCAGACUAUUUAAAGAAGGUGCACACAGGCAUUAGCAAGGGCAAGGAUGUGAUUGUCAAGACGGAAACGGUGGUGGCAACGGUCUACGUGGAUGGCAACAAUGAAAUUGAGAUACCUAUUUGUCUGGACUGUAGGCCCGACGAUGGUGGCGGCAAUUGGGAUCUGGGAACACCUGGGAUGCCGCCACUCAAUUACUCCGCGACGGAUCGUCGCUAUUGGCUGUUGACUGUCAUGUCUGGCUUCUAUACGGCCAAAGAUAACCCUGUGCUAGAGGAGAAACUGGCGCGACUCUAUCGCUUGGCUUUCACCAGACAACAAACACGCCACCUGGGCAUAAAUGGAGCACAACAAAUUGCUGACGAUUCGGUGGACGCACCACGUGAGCGUCGCCAGCCCGGUGCAGAAAUAGCCACAGCGACAACCACCUGGCCAGGCUAUGAUGUGGAACUACUCGACAUGGAUGUGGAUGUGAAUGUGGAUGGUACGCACCAUGUUAAAACUGUGUGGGCGGCUGGAGAGGCGGAGGGUGGGGAGAACACCGAAUGGGCAGCUAGUGACUCCGCUGAGCCAACAACAACAACUACAACAGGGAGUGAGUCAGUCGACUACAGUGCUUAUGUAACGCUUAUCCCCUGGGAGCUAAUACAGCAGAAUGGCAAGUCGGAGAAGUUGCAAGAAAUGCGCGAAGCGUUGUUAAGUCAACAGCAACAACAACUACCCAUCUAUAGGGAGGAGCGAGUCCAGGUUGUCAUACACAACAUCACGCAAAUCAGCGAGUCCGAGCUGCAAAAGUGGAACAGCACUGGCAACACCGUCGUUGACUCUGACGCGUAUGUUAACCUCAAAUUCAAUGAGCGUCCCGUUGCCAAUCAAACGGAGCUCAUCUACACGGUCCUCGUGAAUGGUCGACCCGUUCUGGCCACAACGGCCGCCAAGGACAUGGAACUGGUUAGCGAGGCUGAGGCAGUCAGCACGCUGGGAAAGCCCAUCUAUAUGAAAUCAGAACCUUACAUUAGGGAACCCACAGCAACUGCUUUGGCGCCCGUGCCACGCAGUGGUCAUGCUGGAUUCUUCAACUCUGUGAAGAAUAAUGUGGCGCUUGUGGUAAUCAGUUCGUUGGCCAUUCUGCUCCUAAUGCUGCUCUUGGUGGCCAUUUUGCUGCUGGGACGCACACGCGCUCGUCAGCAUGAACUCAGUGAAGUUAACAGAACAUCUUCACGCAAUGAGCUUUUGUCCGAGGGUCAAUCCAUGCGACCCAGUUCUCGAGGCACAUUGCUGGACAGUGCUGCGGGUGGCUCUGGUGGAAAUCCGGCUGAUCAGAGCACAACCCGCUCCCGGGAUGUGGGUGUGCAGAACUUCUCCUAUGAGCGGGAGCCACGCAUUAGUUUUCCAGGACCACCAGCAGAGAAACACACUCGUGUUAGACACGAUUCCAUAUCCUCGGCAGAUAACACCUCCGACUCUUCCGUUUACUGUCCCAUCAAUCCACCAAGCGCCGAUGUUCAGCGCAUAUUGGACGACAAGGCUGCCCGACUUUUUGAUGGCCACAAGAGACGACGUCAUCAGUAUGAUCGGGCGGAGGGUGGACUUGACGAUACCAUCUACGCCUCAGUUGUGUCGGAGAAGAAGAACGAGAAGUCGCGACACAAAUCAAAGCGUCGCUACCUAAACGAGAAUCGUGUGGGCUCACUGGAGACAAGUCCGGUUCAGGGUUCGCUUGGUCAAAGUAACUCCUCCACGGAAGAGGGCAACUCGCCGGCGGCGAUGCGUCGCAGCUAUGAAAACUUUCAGCGCAAUGAAGCCUACAAUCCGCACAACAAUUACCAUCGCAACAAGCUGCUCCAGCAACAGCAGCAGACAAUCUUCACAGACAAGGAGUAUCCAGAAGAUGGCGUUGUCGGAUCUCCUCAAGCCAUCAAUCGGGAAAUGAUACGCUCGCGUGGUGCGCAACAAUCGGAGAAGUCCUCGGACACGGCUAGUGUGGGAUCUUUUCUCUCGAUGGCGUCGGUUCGUGCGUUUCCAAAGAAUCAGCUGCCGGAGCCACUGAAUCGCGUUCUCGAUCCCGUUUUCGUUACCUACUACGACAAUGUGAAUGCUGUGGCACCACAGGCAGUGCCACAGAGCUCCACCAGAUCCCUGAAGUCACACAAGUCGCUGGGGAGCAGAGAUACCACAAUUGCGACCAUAGCCAGCUUUCCCAGUCCGAAGGCGCCGCCAGUGAGGAAUGUACGUUCCGCCUCGCACAGCGACAAUCCGGAUCCGGGCUUUGUGGGCCCCGUCGUCUGGGAGCGGCACAAGAAACGUUUGGGCAGCAGCGCUGACAACCAGGAGGCCCGCAGCCAUGCAGACUUUAACCCCAGUCAGAUGCACGAUGCAUCCGCCAUACGCAACCACUACGAGGGUCUGCUCGAGGGCGCCAUGCAGAUGUACGCCAGCCAGGAUGAUCUGCCGAUGCCAUUGCCCUCCCGCGACUUUACCAACAAACGACGACAAACCACUAAACGCGAACAUCGCGGCUCCUCAGCCGGCUUACCCAGCUAUGCUGCAAAGGCUUACAGCACAGCCGAACGUCCUUCGACCGCGCAGCCGGAGAAGACACCGAAAUCGGCGCAGUCGACGCAGCCGCCGUCGCCCACCUACAGCGCUUGGGGCAGCAGCCUGCACGGCUCCCAUUCGCCACUGGUGCGGCCACUCAGCGCUGGGCCCUUCCAUCGGCCCGAUACCAUUUUGGAGAUAUCUCGAGGUGCACUCGCCACAUCCAGUUCCACAGCAAAUACGCCUGGACGUGCUCGUAACUCGCAGACGGCUUCAGCGGCACCACUAAUUGAGGCCAUUCAAAGUGAAUUGCGCAGAUUCAAGGAGCAGAAGGAUUAGACAUAUCAACCAAAAAGUGAAAUUUUUUAACCAUUUUUAUUUCAUGAUACUGUACCACGCUGAAA